AUGGGUGAAGUGGAGGAAAGGCUGCUCCCAGUGAUGUUCUACAUGGAUAAAAUUACCAUUGGAACACCCCCUCAGGAAUUCCAGGUUAUCUUUGACACAGUAUCAUCUGACUUGUGGGUGCCCUCCCUCUUUGCUCCUGUUAUUGGGGAUCUUGUAACUACUGACCAGCCGUUUGGUCUAAGCAUGGUGGAAUAUGGGUUUGAGGGCAGAAGAUUUGAUGGCAUCUUGAGCUUGAACUACCCCAACCUCUACUUCUCUGGAACCAUCCCCAUCUUUGACAAGUUGAAGAAUGAAGAUGCCAUUUCUGAGCCUGUUUUUGCCUUCUACUUGAGCAAAGAUGAGUGGGAUGGCAGUGUGGUGAUGUUUGGUGGGGUGGACCGCCACUACUACAAGGGAGAGCUCAACUGGGUACCAUUGAUCCAAGCAGGAGACUGGAUUGUACACAUGGACACCAUCUCCAUUGAAAGAAAGGUUAUUGCUUGUUCUGGACGCUGCAAGGAUAUUGUUGACACCGGGGCAACAUUCAUCGAAGGCCCAGGAACACUGAUCCAUAACAUACAGAAGUUCAUCGGUGCCAUGCCUCAGGGUUCCAAGCACUACAUUUCAUUUUCUGUGGUCAAUACCCUGACCUCUAUUAUCUUCACCAUCAACAGCAUCAACUACCCAGUGCCAGCUCAAGCCUACAUCCUUAGGGGUGCACAAGGCCACUGCUAUACCACCUUUCAAGAGAACAAGGUGAGUCCAUCUACAGAGACCUGGGUCCUGGGUGAUGUCUUCCUGUAUUUCUCGGUCUUUGAUCAAGGAAAUGACAGGAUUGGCCUGGCAGUGGCAGUGUAA